AUGAAGCUGAAAACCUGGGCAAUGGGUUACACAAGCAGUAUUGUGUGCAAAUGGUCAGGUCAUCCAGGAUCAUCAAUUGUAUGGAUACAUAGUCUUGUUCCUGGAAAACUGUGGACACAAGGGAGGCAUGACAACAUCAAGUUAUGGGACAUCACUGCAUUACCACCUGAAGCAGAAUCUCAGUAUCCUCUAGUUGAUUACCUUGGUUUCAGUCAGUGCAGCUUGACUUGUUUACCAAAUGGGAAUAGCCUCCUAGCAGUACCUGGUCCAGACCAAGUAGGUGUCACUGUUUGGGAUACCAAGACCAAGUACAAAAUAUGCUCUCUGGUUCCCCAGGAUGCCAAGAGUCGAGGAAGUCUUAUGCAGGUGGUCUGGUUGAACACUGAAGAGCACAUUCAACCUCUUGUUGCCUAUGAGAGUGGCCAUAUCAGUUUGUGGGACUGGAGCAACACUUCUGUUAUCAGUGAGACUAGGGUGAAUGACAAUCCUAUAUGCCUUUCAUUUCAUACUGACUCUAAAACUGGAAUAGUAGGCACUGCAUCAGAAAAAGUAUUUGUCUUUAAGAUUGAUGAUAAUUUGUCAAUAACAAUUGCCAAAGAGAUUCAGAUCACCAAUCCUGGAGUAUCAUCAUGCAUCACACGUUCAGAUGGAAAAAUAUUUGCUCUUGGAGGGUGGGAUUCUCGCAUCAGAUUAUUUUCCAGCAAGAAAUGCAAGCCUCUAGCUGUACUACAAUAUCACAAGAAGACUGUAGAAUGCCUUGCCUAUUCCAAAUGUAAUGUAGAGCAUUAUGGAUUUGGUUAUAUACUUGCAGCAGGUUCUUCUGACCAUAGUAUUUCCCUGUGGAACAUCUUCAAUACAUAG